AAUCAAUCCGUUCUAAUUGCCUUGCUUGAUUGCCGAAUCGGAGAUGCUCAGUAAGGUUACCCAACAGACUCGUAUCUUAAAUAUGCUUGUAUGGAAAGACUUUUAAGCAAGUACUUUUAAAAAUUGUGUUUUCGGUGUGUAUUCCUCUAGUGAUGAAUGUGAGAGGAUUACAACAUUACGUUAUCUCUGUAUUUCUAUGCUGUUAGAUGUCGAUUAUUCUUUCAUUAAUUUUGAGAAAUCAAUAAUAGAAUUUUAUGUAGAGAAAAGGAAUUAAUAAUUUGAAUCAAACAUUUUUCAACAGUUUCGUAUUAAAUCUUAUUUGUUUUAAGAAAGCGAAUGACAAAUUAUUAAAUCAAAUUCAUUUGGACUAAAAGAUGCCCUUUGAAAGUGAUUCAUCUACAACUCAGAGUUAAUUAAUUAGAAAUGUUAUUGAAAUAAAAAUUGGUGUGAAUAAUAAUGAAUAAUAAUAAUAAAUAAAUACAGGAACAAAAGAAACAUUGAAAUAACGCAACGAUACUCGUUUUGGAAAGACAAUUCAAAACUUUAGUUAAUAUUCGCGAAAAUCAAUAUGAAAAUCUAGAAAGAUAAUAAAAAGAUAACUUCAGACAUAAAUUCUACUUUCCAUUAGCGAUCUCUCAUGCCAAGAUAAGUCCCAGUACAGUGUCGAAUAAAAUGAAUCUACUUGAAGGAAGUAUAGAUAUUGUAAUAUUUAUUUAAAUAAAGUUAAUACAACUGUUAAGAACGUGUAAUAAGCUUACACCUUCGUCACAAGGCAACGGCGUCACUCAGCUUAUUUUUGCACAUGCGCAUUACUGCGCUCGCCAGCGACGCGCUCGGCUAUAACAAACAACUCUAUCACGACGUUUUCUUUCGUUCUUCUUACUUGCCAAAUUUAUGUUAUCUGAAAACACAAUAAUAAUAAAAAUAUGAAUAAUAACGUGACAGGUUAGUGCAGUUUCCAAUGUUUUCGUACUUUUACGAGAUGUUUUUGUUUGGUAUCCUGACUGCAACACAUUUAAAGGUACAUCAAGAAUUAGGAUUCCUCCUCGUGAAAAUAUAUGUUCUCAAAAAAUAUCAAUGGCAUGUAGUCCACCUUACAAACGUGUUAGAGCAUUACGGCUUUUUGAUUCUCCCGCUACUCCAAAAACGCUAAUGGAAAAGAGUACGAUGCAUACUCCAUUUCCGACUAAAUGUACCAGACUGUUUUCAUUAGAUAAACCUAGACCAUGUAAUUACCAAAAUAAAUCUGACAAACCUGCUGCUAAUGUGAAUCCUUUUACACCAAAUGGAAUGCUGUUAACUGCAAGGAAACGCACUAGAUCUAAGCGUAGUUUGAUUGGUUCUCCAGAUAUUCAAAUUCCAAAAUUUGAUCUCGGCGAUUCCGAAGAUUCCGAUAACGAAAUAGAACAAGCUACAAAACGUGUAGCAUUGCAAGAUUCUAAUAUUCCACGAUAUCAUCAAGAGUUCCAUGAGCUUGGCUUAAUUGGGACAGGUGAAUUUGGUUCCGUUUACAAAUGCAUUAACCGAUUAGACGGAUGCAUUUAUGCCAUUAAGAAAAGUAUUAAACCUGUGGCUGGAAGUAUUAAUGAAAAGAAUGCCUUAAACGAAGUAUAUGCGCAUGCUGUACUCGGUAAACAUCAACACGUUGUAAGAUAUUAUUCUGCAUGGGCAGAAGAUAAUCACAUGAUAAUUCAAAAUGAAUAUUGUAAUGGUGGUAGUCUAGCAGAUGGGAUUAUCAACUUAGAAAAAGAAAAAAAGCAUUUUACUGAAGCAGAAAUGCGACAAUUAUUGUUACAUGUUGCUGAGGGUUUAAGAUACAUUCAUAGCAUGCAAUUAGUACAUAUGGAUAUUAAACCUGGAAAUAUCUUUAUUUCCAAAGAGAAGAGGUUACUCGCAGUUAAUUAUGAUUCAGCUGACGAUGGUUUCGACGAAGAGGAAACUGUAGAAGAAGAAAUUACUUACAAAAUAGGAGAUUUGGGUCACGUUACAUCCGUUAAUAAUCCUCAAGUUGAAGAAGGGGAUUGUAGAUAUCUUCCAACGGAGAUUUUGCGGGAAGAUUUCAGUCACUUACCAAAAGCCGAUAUUUUCGCUUUGGGAUUAACUGUUUAUGAAGCAGGGGGUGGAGGUCCAUUACCUAAAAACGGACCAGAAUGGCAUGAUAUUAGAAAUGGAAAUUUAAAGGAAUUACCACAUUACAGUCGUGAUCUUAACGAAUUACUUAAAUUGAUGAUUCAUCCAAAUCCUGAAAUGAGACCAUCAGCAAUAUGUCUUAUACAACAUAGAGUAUUGUGUCCAUUUGGAAAUAAAACAAAAGCACAACUUCGGCGGGAAUUGAAUGCAGAAAAAUUAAAAAAUGAAAUUCUAUCAAAACAGCUGCAAGAAGCUGCUAAAUGUCUAAAAACUAUUGCCCCAAACGUAGCAGCAAUUAAUAAUAAUACAAUGAAUGCAGGAGGCUAUGAAUUAAGACCUACACCAACUAGAACUUCGUCUCGAGUAGUGGGUAAAAAAGUCAACAGAAGCAAUAGCACUACAAACUUUUAAAUGUUCUGUGUUAUGUUUGUGCCGGACUAAAGGAGAGGGGUAUAGGUGCUUAAGGAAAAAAAAAAUAAAUUUUCUAAGUGCCUUGACAUUGUGAUAUGAAUUAACUCUAGUUUAUAAGAAAAACUAUGAUCAAUAUUUGAUAGUAAGAGAAUAUGAUAAGUAUACAGAGUGAAAUUGUACAAUAGCCACGGGUAUACUCUUGCAGCGAUGAAGGCAUUAUACAGAUAAGAUAAAGUGUGAAUUUUAUGCAUGAUAAUUAUAAACAGGUAACUUCUUAAUUAUCGGUAUUUUACAUUUCAUCAUUAAUUAAAUUUUUAGAUGGAUAAUACAGUAAUCUAAUAUCGUUUACUCAUGUAUAUUGUUUGGUUUUUUUUCUCUUAUAUAAGAUAAAAAUUAGAUUCAUAAGGUUUGAAAAUUCUAAUAAUUAUUGGUAUUGUUUAUCAUUAGUCUAUUUAUCAUAAAAAUAUAGGAAAUGUAACAAAAUCUAUUUCUUUAUAAAGAAUGAAAAUAAUUUUAUUAAAUACUUCCUUGUAUGCCUUUAAUGUUCCUGUUAAUAAGUUUUUAAUUACCUACUUUGUACAAUUACAAUAUACAUAUAUUUUAUAACAUUACUGCUUUUUUACUCUAUUCAAGCAGUAUUAUAAAAAAGAGUAGUAUUGACGGAAAUCGAAUGAAAAUAUUUUUAACAUCAGUUACUAAUUAAGGUUUUGACAUAUCAUUGUGUUAUACUUCCAUUUUUCCCGUUUUUGUUUGAGAAUUAAUGUAAUAAAUAACUGGAAGUACUAACAGUAGACUAUGAGAAAUUGUCCAUUAUAAAUAUAUUUUUAUAUAUAGAUAUUUACAUAUAAUAAUAGUUCGGCGUUGUGUAUUGUUUAGUGUGUAAUUAUUAAUUAAUCUCUGUAUUAUCCAUCGUUUAUUAUUAUCAGAUUCUUAUAGGGGUGUUCAAAUAAUUACUUUUUUUUGUAAUUUUCAUACUCAGAUGAAAGACUGUUACCUUAAAUAUAUUGUAUUGAAUAAUUUUUAUAUUUUUGCACGACAUAGACUCAAUAUUUUUUAGGAGUAUAUAUAUACAUGUUUUUUAAAUUAAUAAUGAAUAAAUCGAUAUUAUAUAUUGCUUGUAUAGAAAACUAACCAAAUAGAAACUAAUGACUGACAUAGUACUUCAUCUAAGCAUAAUUCCUAGCCCUAAUACUUACAAUUUUACUCUGUGUAUUCUUUAUAUAAGGGAAUAAACUCUUAAAAUUACAAACAAUUAAAGAGUGAAUCUUUGAACGUAAAAAUGUUUUUAGUUUAAAUUAUUUUUAUGAUACCUUUUUAUAGUCAUAUUAUCUUUGGCAUGCUCUAAAAUUCGUAUUAUACAAAUUUCCCUUGUGUUUUUAAUAUAUAUACAUAUAUUGGAUAAAUAUUGAUGUAAAAUAAUUUGCAUUUUUAGUGUAAGUGGUACUACCGAUUAGAUAUUUCUUAUUCUACUUGCUAAUACAAAAAUUCACAAAAAAAUGUAUUUGUUUCAUUAUCGAAUGUGUAUUCAAUUUAAAAGUACUACAAAUUUUUCUAUGUUGGACAGACUGACCAAUGCAUUUUUUUACUUCACUUUUUGUUUUGUAAUAUACUGUGUUUCUUGAUCAAGAAUGACAAAAACUAAUGGUUUAUUACGGUAUAGUGAAUUCAAAGCCUUGUACCAGACAAAUGCAUUCAAUGAAUUAUUUUGUUCCUCAAACUAGCAUCGAAUAGAUGUCUUAUGUACAAUUAUUUGGCUUCUAGCUAAUAAACAAAUCAAAGCUUUUGUACCUUGACUUAAUAUUCUCGUGUCACUGAGCAUGCUAAUAUGUGAUCUUUUUUAUAUCUGCAUUACUGAAGCAUUUCAAUAUUUAUAUGAAAAAAGAAAGAGGAUAUAUAUAUAUAGCAUGUGUUGUAAUGGUUUACAUUACUGUUUACGAAACAAUCUAGAUUGCAGUUUUUAAUAUCAUGAGGUUCUUUUUUUUGUAGUUUGUGUUACAAACUACUUGUGUCUUUUAUUCGCAGUAUAAAUUCGGUUCUUAAAAAUAAGGUUUAUUAAAAAGUUUUCUGUUAUAUUGUCAAAAUGUUGAAAAGUAAUGCAAUCAAAUAUUAAUUCCCAUGAGUGUGUAACCUCGUUUACAAACCAAUGUUAUGAAUGUAGUCAUACACCGCGCUAUGUAUAAAAGUUAUGAAGUUUUGUAAGAAAAAAUGUGAAUAAUCGAUAAAGGAGCUGUGUAAGCUUCAAACUGUGUGCUAAGAAGGGUGGACCCCAACUCAUGGCAGCACGUUUAUUGUGAACUGUUGUUUCAUUAAUCUUAUUAUUAUUAUUAUUAAUAUUAUUGUAUUAUUAUUAUUAUUAUAAUAAAUAAUUAAUGAAUGAAUAA